AUGGGGAGAUUGCAUUCUCGAUCUCUACUGCAACUUAGACAACAAUGCAGGACCCAUUGUCUAGCUACACCAUCUGUCCGCAAUCUCUACACACGGGGCCAUACUUUCCGGAAACAGUCUCCGCACGACCCAUCGCCUUCGGAAUUGCUUCGAUUUACCCUGACAGGGUCCCCAGAGCCAUUGCAUGGGUCUCAGCCCAAUUCAUCUUUGCGUGAAAGGUUGUAUGAGCUUUUCAAUCGUGAUUGGCCAUCGAACAGCCCGCCCACUGCUCUGUGGACAUCUCUUAAAGGUGUUUCUCCGGGGCGUCAGCAAGAAUUGGAGAGAGGACUCGAUGAGAGAAUAGGUGAUCUACCAACGCUGAGAAGUGCCAUUGAGAGGCGAGUGGUCGAUGCCCCAGGGGCUGAGCUCUUACAGAACAACGAUUGCGAGGAACUGUACCGGAUUCUGCAACGUUGUCAACGGCAAGCCUCAUUAGCGGAGAUCCUCUCGACGUUGAAUGAUGUUGCCGCAAGGCUUGUCCGUCUCGACCUUUCGAUUCAGCCUCAAAUAUACGAACUUGGCAUGUAUUAUGCAAUGCUAGAUCUUUCAGCUCCGGCUCUCAAACACUUCCUUAAUGGCCACCACGCUUUGGGUUUUCCACCAAUCAGCCCGUUUGCGAGCACUCGGAUGGUUCAGGCCUGUGUUGAUGCUCUUGAUGCAAUGGCUUUUGAGAGCCCAGAUUAUGAUCCAGAACCCAUACUCAUGGAGAUUACGGGAGAGGGAGACCCCUAUCCGCAAGAUCGACCCAGAUUACACGAUGUCCUGAGUUGUCUGCGCAACCCAAGAGGUUACUUCUACUUACUUGGAAAACUCCAAGGUGAUGAAACACUUUUUGCCACAUGGGAUAAAUUCCUGGAGAGUUUUGACUGCAAAUCUAAGGCAGCCUGCUUCUCUUCCUAUGGUGUUGUGGAGGCCCUUGUUCAGAGCGGUCGUCCAGAAACAGCUUCCAAGUUCCUCGAAGACAUUUCUCAGCGCUGUGGGGAUAAUCUACCUUCAAUUGCAAGGUUUCGAGAACUACCGGUUCUACUCAAUGAUCCCAUUGUGGGUGAGGCGUUACCCGACUUGGUCAGGGGCGAUGACUAUCUCAGGUUGCUUGAGACUAGCUUACAUGACAUGGAACUGAGGAUGGGCAUUCGAUGGGAGUCGGAUCAAGAGGCUCAUGUCGGUCUUGCCUCUGAAGUACCGUGGGAAACCUUCGAGGACCACCCAUUGUUCACGAUGGAUGGCGAAUCGGCUGGAUAUGAGCAUCCAGCCCGCCUUCAUUUCGAGCUUCAAACUUAUGGUCGUUCCAAGUCACCAGUGGACUUGGGUCGGAUCGUGGAUCUGUUGAAUGAUGGCGAGGCAACCUCGAUCAGCGUGAAUCCCAUGCUCGACUUUAACAUGCGUCGGAUAGAGGCCUUUCGCACAAAGCACCCGUCUCUCGAAUUUCGCUGCACGUUCGAGCAUUCGCCAAUCGAAUUCACCGACAGUCGGCUCCCAACUUUGCACGACUCGUCGUGGUGCUGGACUCCAUCCACUCUUGGCUUGAUUCGGGCUCGCUUGAUCAUAAAUGGCAUCCCCCAGAUGGGAAGGCACUGUCUACAUCUUAUGCAACUGGGCUCUAUGGAUAUGCGAUCCGGACCCGACCAACCAUGGCAACCAUCUGGAUAUAUUGUGACCUGGGACCGCCAAUUCGGCGGUAUGCUUGGUGUGUAUGUUGGGAAGGGCCAUGGAGUUGUCAAUCGCGGACCAGUGCCACCGGAUGCGCCCUUUGGAGCUUUGAUGCAUCUGCUGCCGUCAGAGACCGGCCGUGGUAGGGCAUCCGGUCGCGACAGGCGCCCAACCUUCCAAUCUGGGCGGGUAUAUGAUGGACCAUAUUAUUUGGAUGUUGAUCCCAGCCGAGACCUUGUCUUGUGA